AUUUUGACAAUGCUUUUUAUCAAGUGACAGAUUCACUCCAGUUCAAUAAUAUUUGUUUAUGAAUAGAAAUCUAUAUUUACGUGUAUUAUAACAGAACUCACUUAUAAUUAAACUUAAUUCUAUCAGAAUAAAGACUAAUAGAGAAUUCCCUUGUGCAAGGCAGUUUAAUAUAAAACUUUGUGUCAAGAUUUAGUGUGGUUCUCGGAUAUGUAUCAAUAGAUAAGAUUCUGUUAUAAGUUAUGAUUCAUACUUCAUACAAGCAAUGUUAUCAUAAUAAAAUGAUGGUUCUCUAACGCCUUUAAAGUCUCAUUAAGCCUGUAACAAUGAAGUCCUCACAGUUGACUAUAAAUGGCCAGCAUUACAAUAAUACCCAUUUUACAAUUGGUUUAAGUCUUGCAAUUUCAUCAAGUGCUUUUAUUGGCGCUAGUUUUAUAAUUAAAAAAGUUGCUUUAAGAAAACUUCAAGCUUCUGGAAACGUAAGAGCGUCGGCAGGCGGAUUCGCCUAUUUGAAGCAAUGGCUGUGGUGGCUUGGCUUUAUAACAAUGGGUAUUGGAGAAGCUGCAAAUCUUCUGGCUUAUGCAUUUGCUCCAGCUGCUCUGGUAACACCUUUAGGUGCACUCAGUGUUCUUGUUGCAGCAGUAUUGUCAUCAAGAUUUCUAAAAGAAAAGCUUAAUUUCAUAGGAAAAAUUGGAUGUUUCCUAUGUGUUAUUGGAUCAGUAAUAUUUGUGAUACAUUCACCAAAAUCAGAAGAAAUAACAACUUUCAGUGAGUUAGUGGAAAAACUAAUUGACUAUUUAUUUUUAUCAUAUGUGGGGACAAUUUUCUUAAUGGGUUUAAUAAUCAAACUAGUCUUCAUACCAAGGUUUGGAAAUACUAAUGUAAUGGUAUAUUUACUACUUUGUUCAUCAACUGGUAGUCUCACAGUAGUAUUUUGCAAAGGUGUAGCUUUAGGUGUAAGAGAAAGUUUUUCUGGAAAUGUUAACAAUUUUACUAAUUACAUUUUCUGGUUGUUAUUUAUAACUGCUGUCAUUUGUAUAAUGAUUCAGAUGAAUUAUUUGAAUAAGUCACUUGACAUUUUCAAUACCAGUGUUGUUACUCCUGUCUACUAUGUCAUGUUUACUGUUCUAGUUAUCAUUGCAUCUGGUAUCCUUUUUAAAGAAUGGGACCAUAUGAACAUUCCUGACAUUGUAGGAUGUGUAUGUGGCUUCCUGAUUGUGAUCACAGCAGUAUUCAUGUUAAAUGCAUUUAAAGAUGUGAAAAUUGCAUUUAAAGAUUUAAACCUCAAUGCACGAUAUAGAAGAAGUGCAUUAAAUUUACAUGUGGAAGAGAGAGGGCCUGAGAACUAUAGUCUAAGCUCACGCAUGAGGCAUUUGUAACACAAAUUACUUAAAAUAGAAUAAUCAUUAUAGAACAAAAAUGGUCUUAUUCAACACAUAUGUCUUAAUUUAUUUAUUUUUAUGGAAUUCUCAGUAGUAGUAGAAGUAUACAUGUGCCCUGAUUUCCAAAUAGAAGUGAUAGCUAUUAUCAUUUGUGCUAUAUUAUGUCUUAUAGACAUUUGAAAACUUAAUUAAAGGGUAUAAUAAUAAUAAUCCAUUUAUUGAAAACAAAGUCAGGAGUGUAGAGGAAUUGUGUAGGAAUUUAUAUGAUAAUUAAUUAUGUAUAAAAGUGAUAAAGGCCAAUUUAAACUGAGACUAUGCCUAAUUUGUAUUAUAUCUUAACAUAGUAUCAACUGCUAUUGUUUUAUCUAAUCUCAAGGAAAAUGUGAAUUAAUUAGCAAGUUAAUGUGGUCUACUUGUUGAGCUAUCAUGAGUGUAUAUUUUUAGUAUUGUGCUGUGCCAGUGAGAAGAAAAGCUCAGUUGUUAUUUGUAUUAACUGUAAAUAAAACUACUUUUGAGAUAUUUGAAUGCAAAUUCGUGAUCUACAUAAAGUCUUCUGAUCAUCAAAUCUUUUCAUCUUUGUGAUAUUAUACUACUUCUGAUAGGAUCAAUUUAUUAUGAGUAAUUUGUUAAUCACUAAAAAUUUUACAAUUGGUUAUCCAAUUGGUGAAGUUGUAUUGGUGACAUGAUUUUAUUUAUUCCUUCAAACCAAAAUUCUUCAGUCAGUAGGAUGUAAGGUCAAUAAGUUAAUUUAACCAUUUUAAAUAAAAUAAUUUAUUUUCUGAUGA